AUGAACGGCCCCUCCGAUGGCCCGCUCGAGACAACCAUACCGUUCCCCUCAAUCGAGAAUGAUGUCGAGACCCCUGAACCAGCAGUCGAUUCCAAGGAGAACGUGAAAGGCAAAGAAAAAGAUGGCACACCUAAGAAGAAGCCACCUGCGCAUCGCCGCUCCAUCAGUGGGAACCUGCUGAAGCUCCUACGCUCUGGCAGUGCUGAGCGCGUUGAGCAGGAUGGCAGCGCAUCAGAACCGUCCGUCUCCCGCUCCGCCAUGGGUGCAGCGAUGAGUGACACGCAACGCCGCCGUCGCAAAGGGUCCCUUCGCAAGACCGUUCUUGGGAAAGGCCGUGAGAAAGACAGAGACCGCAAGGGAAAAUCACCGCUUGCUAGUCCUUCCGUUGCCGUACCGGCUGCGACAUCGUACCUGGAUAUCGACCCCUCUGACAGCACCGCGCUGUCCACGCCGCGGCCUUCCGUCGAAUUCUCCCCCGAUGAUGCGCCCACCUCCCCGGAAGUCGUGCCAGCCUCUUCCGGCAAUCCACCCCGCUGGCCCUUUCGCACCCUCUCACGCGUCUCGAUCCCCUCCAUCCGCAGCAGCGUCGCAAGCGUCGAGCCCGCCUCGUCCACGACCAGCGCACGCAAUAGCACCGCUCGGCUCAACGACGUCAGCACCUUUUCCACUGAAGAUGAUGAAGACGACGACGAGGUCGCCAUGCCGCCCUCACGGCGGCCUCUACAGCAGCAGCCACUACUACGCAAAAUCCCAACCACCAGCAGCCUCGGCGGCGCCAGCGAAAGCAGCAGCACCAGCUACAGCUACUUUCCGACCGUGAGCGUCAGCGUCUCCACCGCCCCUAGCAUCAUCGGUGAUUCACUGCGCCGCAGCAGCCUGGGCUACUUCGGUUCCUCGGCCGCCGCCGCCGCUGCUACGCACGCGCGUUCGCCCUUGGCAUCCUUGCCGCAGAGUGUGGCGGGAACGCCUCCCUCGGACGCCGAGGACGAGGGUGAGGACCAGCAUGACUACGCGGAAACGGCGUUUUGGGGUUACGUCAUCCUGGUGGUGAGCUGGGUGGUGUUCGUGGUCGGCAUGGGCAGCUGCUUCGACCUAUGGUCCUGGGCGUGGGACGUAGGCGAGACGCCGUACGCGCCGCCCGAGCUGGAGGAUGACCCAAGCCUACCGAUCACAGGCUACUACCCGGCGCUGAUGGUGUUGACGGCCAUCAUGGCGUGGGUGUGGGUGGUGGUAGCGUGGGUGGGCAUGAAGUAUUUCCGACACGCGGACUUCAAGGGCGAGGAGCUGUAG